AUGGGGGAUUUCGUCGAUGAGAUGCUGGAUUCGCGUGUGCCUACGAACCGCAAAGCUACCAAUGACCUUGAAAGCCCCCCAGCCCAACGAUUGCGUCGCGUCGUCCCGGAGUCCCCGAAUAAUUCCAUCCAAGGCAUUCUGCGAGCGAACAGCGGAGAGCGGCUUUAUGUCCGUCCCAUCUGCUGGACUUCGAGACAGCUGCAGUUACUGAACUGUUACUUCGUACGAGAGGAAGUGCAUUUGAAGAUUGGAGACCCACCGGUGAAGUCGGUCUUAAAGACUCUGCGUAACCAAGAGCCAAAAAGAAAACCCAUCUCUGCGAUCGCCAGGCUACUUGCCCCAGCGACCUCGGAAGCGAAGCAAUCAGAUGUGAGAGAAAUUCUCAGCUGCUACGAUAUACACCCUCUCCUGUUGAACGAUGGACGAGUCAUCUUGUCGUACGAUGUACGGCCUAUCCCGUCGAAGCGCCUUGCAUUCAAUUUUGGACGCAGGAGCAGCGACAGCUUACAGAAGAAUCACAAGCGACAACAAACCAUCAGCAAGAAUGUCAAGGGCCAACACAGACAGUCAAUGAUACAGGCCCUCGGUCCUUCAAGGUCACCGUUCUUGCUACACCCAGCACAGUGGUUGAUGUACUCUACGUCUAUGUCGCCUCCAUUUCGACCGAAUUUCUCGAUUGUUUGGAUGCCCCAUCGCAACCUUUGCCCAGUCAUCCUGUUCUGGUGA